AUGGGUGCAACAGCAUCACAAAUUGACGGAAAAUAUCAAUCAAGUUUUGGAACAUUUUAUGAUCUUAAAGCAAAUGAUAUUGAUGGAAAUGAAAAAUCUAUGUCUGAUUUUCGAGGAAAAGUUCUUAUGGUUGUUAAUGUAGCAUCAUCAUGUGGUAAAACUGAUCGUGAAUAUAAACGUUUAGUUGAUUUAUAUUCUCGUUAUCAUGAUCAAGAUUUUGAAAUUUUAGCAUUUCCAUGUAAUCAAUUUUUAUAUCAAGAACAUGGUUCAUGUACAACAAUAAAAACAUUUAUUAAAAAAUAUAAUGUUGAAUUUCCUAUGUUUGAUAAAAUAAAUGUUAAUGGUAAUGAUACACAUCCAAUAUAUGCUUGGUUAAAACAAAGUUAUCCUGGUCGAGUAAAAUGGAAUUUUUCAGGAAAAUUUCUAAUUGAUCAUCAUGGUAUACCACGUGCACGUGCAAAUGAUAAUUAUGAAGAAAUUGAACAAAUUAUUCAACGUUUAUUAAAAGAAAAAAAAGAUGAUGAAAAUAAAAAUUAA